CUAGCCCAACUACAUUAGGAAAAUUCGGAAUAUGUAAGGGCAAAUUGGUCCUUACGCUCUUACCAUCCAAAACCCUAAUAUCGAUACUUAUAUGAUCCUUGGUCAGCUUCCCGCCGAGUAAGACCAGAGGAACCUCAACGAACGAACAAUGGGGGCGUACAAGUACGUAUCGGAGCUAUGGAGGAAGAAACAAUCGGAUGUGAUGAGGUUCCUGCAAAGGGUGAGGUGCUGGGAGUAUCGCCAGCAUCCUUCCAUUGUUCGUGUCACGCACCCCACCCGCCCUGACAAGGCUCGCCGCUUGGGUUAUAAGGCCAAGCAGGGUUUUGUGAUAUAUCGUGUUCGUGUGAGGCGUGGUGGAAGGAAGAGACCAGUGCCCAAGGGUAUUGUGUAUGGAAAGCCAACAAAUCAGGGUGUUACUCAGCUGAAGUUCCAACGAAGCAAGCGAUCGGUUGCAGAGGAGCGGGCUGGUAGGAAGCUUGGUGGCCUCAAGGUUCUCAACUCUUAUUGGCUCAAUGAGGAUUCUACAUACAAGUAUUUUGAGGUAAUCUUGGUUGAUCCUGCACACAAUGCAAUCCGCAAUGAUCCAAGGAUCAAUUGGAUUUGCAAUCCCGUCCACAAGCACAGGGAGCUUCGUGGGCUUACUUCUGCAGGGAAGAAAUAUAGAGGUCUGCGUGGCAAGGGACACUUGCACCAUAAAGCAAGACCUUCAAGAAGGGCAACCUGGAAGAGAAACAACACACUUUCUCUUCGACGCUACCGUUGAUCUUUGUUACUUGUUUGUUUUUUUAUCAUCCGUUUUUUAUUUUCUGUUGUAGGAUGUGCCUAUUUUGAUACAUCUUUUUUUGGCUACUUUUGUUGAACUGGUUUAAUCUUGCGGUAACUGCUCUGGGAUUUUUAUCUUAUGAUUUUACUUCGAAGCUUUUUGGAUC